AGAGGGACAUUCUGAUCUUCAACACCUGGCACUGGUGGACCCACAGCGGAAGAUCCCAACCAUUUGAUUACAUGGAAGAGGGUGGGAAAACGUGGAAAGAUAUGAACCGUAUGAUUGCAUACUACAAAGGAUUAACAACGUGGUCCAGAUGGGUGAACCGCGAUGUUGAUCCUUCCAGAACCAAGGUAUUUUUCCAACCCAUUAUGAGGGAAAGGAGUGGAACCAACCAACACAAUCAUGUAUUGGACAGACUCACCCGUUCUUCGGAACGAGAUAUCCAGCAGCAGCAGGCACGUCCAUGGCUUGGGUUGGUGUGAAGAAGGUCCUUAGUAGGAUUAAGAAACCAGUGUAUUUGCUCGACGUUACCGGACUCUCUCAGUAUCGGAAAGACGCUCACCCGGCCGCAUACAGUGGCCUUCACAGAGGCACUGAAUGUAGCCAUUGGUGCCUUCCGGGUAUGUCGGAUACUUGGAACCAAAUAUUAUAUGCAGCUCUUUUUAGUUAAAAAAUGCAAUGGAAGCUUAAAUUUGUUCUCUGAUAAAUAGUGAAGGAAUAAGAUAGAAUUAAUCAUAUCAUAAUUUGACUGUAAAUUUUAAAUCUGUUUGUUUCCGGGGGGAAAGUUGAACAAAGUUGAGUUGGUCAUUC